UGGCCCUGGUCCAAUAUGGAUUCCAAAUGCACGAUUGAACUUUUGCUUUUGCUUUUCUUCUUGCACCCCGAUAAGUUAAUGUACUGACUUGCAGUUGCUUUCUAGUGCUUGCCUCCACCUUCCAGCCCGUCUGGAACAAAUAAUGACCUCGCUGAUUAAGAGCGACCCAGAGAACAUGUCUUUGUCCCAGUCAUCUUUGCACCACAUGGAUCACAUUUCCCAAUCAAGGCAAUCACAAAUAAUCCCAGGAAUCUCCAACAUGGCCUCCAGAGGAAUCCCGGAUGAUGAACUUUCGAGCCAGGACAAUUUUUCUUUGUGUUCAAGUACCCACCACAGCCAUGGAACUCCCAGUGACUUCAAGGGCUGGGCCCUGAGCGACGUGGAGGCACUUGACAACGGUGCUAUGUCCAAACCGGAGUCCCCCGAAGUCCAGAUGUUGUCCUACUCCUUCUCCCAACAGCUGCUGCCAACCACUGUUGGCCCGAGUGAUGUAAUGUAUCAUCACGCCGGAUCUGAUUUCUCCAGCAUUCAGGAUAUGUCCGAACAGACGGACAUGGAUUUCUCCCACGCACAAGAGUUCCACCACUAUUCCUCCCUGGUUGACUUCUCUGCUUUUGAUAAUGAUGUUUGUGGCCCGACUGGUGCCCCUUCCUGCUCAACCGACGAUGCUCUCUCCGUCGGCCACAGCUCGCACACUGAUGACAGCCACUUGGCUGCCAACGACGCAUGGAACUCCAUUGUCGCAGACUCCCGGACUUACCAAGGAUCCCCUAUGGACCAUUAUACCACGAUGUUCCAGCCCGUGCCUGUUUCUCCCCCUCUCACUGAAGCAAGUAAUGAUGUUUCGGUUACCUGCCACACUGGAUACCCCACUUUCAUGACCCACGAAGAUGCCAUGCUGAAGGAUAUCACUGCCACGCCCGUUGGAAGCCAUGGACUCAACUUGGGAGACCCUCUGUUCCCACUCACGCCGCCUUUGAGUGAACAAGACCCCAACCGAACCAUCAGACCCACCAAGAGUGCUCGUAGGCCAGCCCUUCAAACCUCACCGUCUCAGACCCAGGUGAAGCAGGACCCAGACUUCUUCCCGCCCCUGCCCGUCAAGGACACUCUUCGACAGAAAGCCAAGGAGACUUCCGAGCUGCGCAACCCCCGGGACCACCCCUACUACUCCCUGCCUACCUUCAGUGAUGGAAAGUACUACUGCCCAUAUGCCAAGUCGGACAAGCCCUGCAACCACCCUCCCACUACCCAGAAGUGUGCUUACCACAAAUACCUUGACUCCCACCUCAAGCCCUACCGUUGCAAGGUGCCUGCCUGCAUGGAUGCCCAGCUGCAGUUCUCGUCCAAUGCUUGCCUUUUCCGCCACGAGCGCGAGGCUCACGGAUUUCACGGCCACGGUGACAAUCCUCACCUGUGCCUCUUUGAAGGAUGCGACCGCUCCGUUCCUGGCUAUGGAUUCCCCCGCCGCUGGAACCUCUUUGACCACAUGAGACGGGUUCACGACUACGCCUCUUCCGAGAGACACAGCUCUCCUGAUGCCUCUCCUACCACUGGACCAUCUAAGAAGAAGGACACCGGACGUAAGCGUCGGGUGACGGGCGUCACGGCUGCCCCAACCAUGAAGCGCACUCGCUCGACUCAGUCUCAGACCAACCCUCUGAAGGCUGCUCAACAGACUUCGGCUCACCACAACCAGAGACUCCAGAAUGCGGAGAGGAACUACUACAACUGCCGCUCCCGGCUGCUUGAAGAGAUCAGCAACAUUACCCCUCAGGACUCGGCCAUGCACGAGAAGGUCAAUGCCAGCCUCCAGGAACUGAUCACCUUGGGCUUGAACUUCCGCAGCAUCGAAGCCAGCCAGGCUGCUGCCCAGUUCAACGGUCUCUCCGCUUGAGUAGUUCAAUGCUACAUUCUUGAACAGUGGCCUUGCUCGCGGGGAUGUGCUCCGCAGGGAAGGUCAUGAACUCAAACCGGAUACGAGCCACAUUUAGAAGCAAGGCAGCUUUCAUUGUCCGAUUUACUCCUCGGGUAUGGAUAAUGAAGAGAGGAACCAUGGGUCCCCAUGGGCUCUACCAUCGUGGACGGAUAGGGACCUGUCCCUGGCCAUAGCCACACUCGCCCACCAUUUCGGUUUUUUUGGACGUGCUUUCCAGCAUCACAGCUUCAUGCCGUGAGCACUAUGGGACACGACUUUUGAUCCAGUGCCGGAUCAUAUUCUUUUCUUUGCGCACAACGCUUUGUGCUUUCUUCAUGUAAAACAAACCUUUGUUUUACC